AUGUUUGCCGGUUAUGCAACAAUGGGCUAUUUCAUGGAUGGAUGUGGGUCAGAGUCUCCGGAGUUGACCCUUCCAACGGAGUACCUCCCCAAGAAGCCAACCCACGACAACAACAACCCUGAUGCCCCUAGGUUCGAGGAUUUCCUUAUCAUGGCUGAAGGCUCCGAAUUGGAGGGUCCUAUCCCGAGAAUUGUGGUGCCCAAGAAUGGACAUGGGGCCUUCAACCUGGACCACUUCGCUGUUUGUCUCAUGUCGGUCGAUUCGCAGAACCAGACUGGGUGGGGGGAUGCUCAAGUCUUCAUGUCCCAAUCUAAAUAUGGACUCUUCGCAUUUGAAAAGAUAAAAGAAUCGGUGGGGCUUGCUUGUGCUUGGGAGGACGACGCUGAUGAUAACAUCUCCAGAUCCAACAAUGAUAAUGAUUGUGAGGCUGGUGUUGAGGAUAGUGAUGAUGAUAAACUUCGCAAUCACCAUCAGCAGCAGCUGCCACAGCAGCAGCUGGAGGAUGUUGAAGACCCUGAAGAUGAAAAGAGAGAUGAGAAAAGAAGUGAUAGCACUGAUGAUAAGUUGCAUAAGAACAGUGGUGAUGAUGAUGCAAGGAAGUCUUCGCCGUCAUCAUCGGCAUCGAUGAUGAAAAUCUCAUCCAACGAUAAUGCAUGUAGCACUGAUGGUGCUUUGGCAGCAGUAACAACAUCAUCAGCAGCAACAACAACAACAACAUCAACAACAACAACAACGUCUACGCCAUCGGCUGCAACGAAAAUAAAAGAAAUCGAUGUUGCCAUAUCAGAAGUCAGAAACAUCUUGGGAUUGUUGAAUGAUUUGUUGGAAGAGAACCAGAUGCAAGUGAAGGAGUAUUGUGAGGUGAAGAGUUCAACAGUUGUGAAGGAGACCCCACUGGACAGUGUGAACUUUGACCUCACCCGAUUCCUUUCCGGGUCAGUUGAGAGUAGGCAUCAGUCUGAAAUAUGUGAGGUUUUAAUUUUGUUUGAUACUAAUGACCGUAAUAAUGGAUAUUUUGACUAUGGGAUGGAAAACUGCUUGUGCUUAUGUGCUGCGCUGGGACAAUUUUUGCUCGUAUAA